CAGGCUUUUGAUUAAUAUCACCAAUGCCACGCUUCAGCUCAUCGUGACUAUCGCCAUCUAUCGACGACCUUUCGGUGUCCAGUAUAAAAUAUGAGCAACCUGACCCAAAGUUCGGUGAGAAAAUUACCUCCUCUCUCCCCAAAUUCUGAUGCUCCGGGGGAAAAGAGUGCGGCAGCUAAGCCUAAAAAGAAAAGAAGGACUAAUGACAUAACCCAAAAUGAUAGUAAAACUACGAGACCAAAGAAGAUUCCUAACGUUUCCAAACAGACAGAGAAUACGAGGCCAGAUAUGACAGCAAAAACAAGUGAACGAAAAAAGCCUGCAGCAAAUGGCAGCCAAGCAUCCCUGAUCAGUGUGGAGAAUGAAGACUCUGGAAAAGGAACUGCUCAGAGGACUAAAAAAGUCACAAGGAAAACAAAAAAGAAACGAAGAACUAAAAGACGGGAUGAUGAAGGUAAUUACCCUACAGGUGAAGGUUAUCUGGACUUAACUGGUGUUGAUGAUGAUAUUAUUGCUUCAAAUCAACCAUCUGGUGAAGAGGAGGAUGAGGAAAUAGAAGUAAAAGAUCUUCCGAGUACUACAGGACCAAUGUUGAGGAGUCAGCCUGUAGGGAAACUUUUUAUUGAACAAAGAAGUGGUUUCAAAAGUACAGAUAAAGGAAAACUGGCUAAAAGAAUUGCAGAACAACAACUAGAACUAGAAAAAGAGGAUGAAGUAGAACCAUUAAAUUACACAACCAUUCAGUUUGGAAUUGCCACACAUAGAGUGUUAAAAACAUUUUCAUUAUUUUGUCAUGGGAUUUUAGCUGGCUUUGGGCUGUGGCAAUUUGUGAUAGUGUUUGUGUUGACUUCACACAGGAAUGGUUAUACAGACUUUCUUGAUCACUACAACCCUGUGUCCUUACCUGUCCAGUGCACUUAUUAUUUUCUGCUAGUGCUUUGCACAGUUUCUGUAUUAGACAGAUAUGACAUAGCCCAUCCCACACGAAAGAUGAUCAUCAGAGCAGUCACUCUCCAGUCUGGUGCUGUUGCCAUCUUGUUUUACAUGUUGUCUUUAAUCUUGAGUCUCAGUGUAGCCAAUAUAGACGACAAAAUUGGACUGUAUGGGCUCAAGUCAUCUCUUUGGGAUAACCAGGAGGAAAGACAAGUUAACAUUGACACAUGGAAGAUAAUAAAUCUUUUGAGAGGAUUAUUUGCCAUAUUAGGAUGGCUUGUCAUAUCUAUUAGACCUGGAACUGAUAGACUGGUGAAAAAUUUGGAAUCAGCUGAAAACAUUAUGGGAGAGCCAGUGGAAUUAACCAAUGUUCAGAGUUCUCGUACAUAGCUACAUUAUUGUACUUUCUCAAGUUGUACAGUCAAACAAACACAUAUGUUAUCAGAGCAUAUGCAAUUUAAAAACAAAUGAAAAUACAUAAAUGGUAAAAAGAGAUACAAUCAAUAUAUAUUAAUAUUACAACAUUCUCUUUAAAUAACUAAUUAGAUGAUGUUUUGACAAUAGUUGUGUAAGCACAUACUCCCGACAACAAAAUAUUUUUCUUAUGGGACAAGAAGGAAAUGAUUUGAAUUUUAAGUUAGCAGCAUUACACUGAUUAAUUGCAAAGUAAGAUAUCAGCAUGCCAACCUUUAUCUUAAAUAUAAAAAGGGGUAUUGCUAAAAAUAUAUUGACAUUUUUUAAUUAUAUAUUCUUAGCACAUAUUUUUUACUCUUGUGUGAACAAAGUCUACAUGUGUAUGUGUACCCAAAUGGUUAGCAGUUGUAUAAGUAGAAAAACUGCAUUUUUUAGUAUAGAUAAUUCUGUUAAAAGUAAAAAAUGUGUCUAUGCAAA